UCAUAUACCCUUCCUCCCUCUCUGUCUCCAAAGCCACAUGGCUUAUCGUGCUCAAUCUUUUUAUAUCCUCCCCUCCCCUACCGCAUACUCGUGGCAAUGUAGAUGACAGAAAGAAGAGCAAGAGGGGGAAAGAAGAAGAGAGGCUUAUUUAUGCCCUCGGUCUCUUAGAUUCACGUUCAUUUGUGGAUAGUUCAGCUUGUUAGUCCUUCAAUCAAUCGCGAAAAUGAUGAAACUCAUCAUCAUCAUUAUCAUCAUCACAACCGAAUGAAAAAGUGUGAAAAGAACAACUCAUGCACUUCACCUUCCCCCCGCUCUCUCACAAAGCCAUUUCAGGGUUAGACGUUCCCGUUUAGUCUUCCGCUCUUCUGCUACACACUCGUACUAAUGUACGAAGAGAGAAGAUGCUCAGAUAGGAUCACGGAAGGGGAGGUAUUUAUACCCUCACGCUCUUAGAAGCACGCUAAGGCCAGAAAUUGGUGAUGAUCAUCAUUAUUGUUAUCACCAUUACUACUGGCACAUCAGAAAACGAAAGAUACUAAAACUCAUGUUCCUCCUCCUGUUCCUCCUCCUGUUCCUCCUCUUCGCUGGUUCCAUAGGAAACAUCACCACUUGUUUGUUUUUGUUUUACACCUAUCCCCCCUCUUCGGCUAUUAGUAGCAGUACAGAGAAGAGAACAAGAAAGGGAGAAAUAAGGCGUAUUUAUACCUUUUUUCUUAGUAGAUACGCUAAGACUAGAACUUAG